CAGUUAUAAAUAUCCCCAGUUAAUGCACUGCCUCAACAAAAUCAACUAAGUAAACAACCAAAUUUGUGUUCUAUAAAAAGUUGUCAUAUUUAGUGAUCAGUAAAAAAAUCAAGAAAAUGUCGACUACUGUAGGCCAAGUCAUUCGUUGCAAAGCUGCUGUGGCAUGGGAGGCUGGUAAGCCAUUAGUGAUGGAGGAAGUGGAUGUUGCUCCUCCACAGAAAAUGGAAGUUCGUCUUAAGAUCCUCUAUACUUCACUCUGUCAUACUGAUGUAUACUUCUGGGAAGCUAAGGGUCAAAAUCCAGUCUUUCCUAGAAUUCUUGGACAUGAAGCAGCAGGGAUUGUGGAGAGUGUUGGAGAGGGAGUAACAGAACUUGCACCAGGAGACCAUGUUCUUCCUGUCUUUACAGGGGAAUGCAAAGAUUGUGCUCACUGUAAAUCUGAAGAAAGCAAUAUGUGUAGCCUCUUAAGGAUUAACACUGACAGGGGAGUGAUGAUUAAUGAUGGACAAUCAAGGUUUUCCAUCAAUGGAAAGCCCAUUUACCAUUUUGUUGGGACCUCCACUUUUAGUGAGUACACUGUGGUUCAUGUUGGAUGUGUCGCCAAAAUUAACCCCCUUGCUCCUCUUGAUAAAGUAUGUGUCCUUAGUUGUGGAAUCUCGACAGGCCUUGGAGCAACUUUGAAUGUUGCUAAACCAACAAAAGGCUCAAGUGUGGCUAUAUUUGGACUAGGAGCUGUAGGCCUUGCAGCUGCAGAAGGAGCCAGAAUUGCUGGUGCUUCAAGGAUAAUUGGUGUUGAUUUAAAUGCUAGUAGAUUUGAGCAAGCUAAGAAAUUUGGUGUGACAGAGUUUGUGAACCCCAAGGACUAUAGUAAACCAGUUCAAGAGGUAAUUGCUGAGAUGACUGAUGGCGGAGUCGAUAGGAGUGUGGAAUGUACUGGCCAUAUUGAUGCUAUGAUUUCAGCAUUUGAAUGUGUCCAUGAUGGCUGGGGAGUGGCUGUACUUGUUGGAGUACCCCAUAAAGAAGCUGUGUUCAAGACACACCCUAUGAACUUUUUGAAUGAAAGGACUCUCAAAGGAACCUUCUUUGGAAACUACAAACCUCGUUCGGAUAUUCCUUCCGUUGUUGAGAAAUACAUGAACAAAGAACUUGAAUUGGAGAAAUUCAUCACUCAUACACUUCCAUUUGCUGAAAUCAAUAAGGCUUUUGAUUUAAUGUUGAAGGGAGAAGGCCUUCGUUGCAUCAUCACCAUGGAGGACUAAACUUACUGUCCUAGAAAAGGAGCUUCU